AUGCGCCACGCUCCUCAAUUGGAGUCUCCGUGGAUGCCGUCUACCAGAGAGUUUGACCGGUUGGCCGGCAUGAAUACCGAUCGAGAUCGAAUCCUGUUGUUCGAUUGCAGAAAGAUUUGCCCACCUGAUACUAGCACGGAAACCAUACGUGCUGAGGAAGAGUUCUUCACCGAUGCAUUUUUCAAACAUCGGUGGUACUAUGGCAGCCGUGUUCGAGACGAUAAGACCUUGGUGCAAGGAUGGAAUGCCUUCAUCCAUAGCAUCGAGUGCAUUGGCUGUGAGGCCUGGCUCGGUAAACCUGAUGCAGCUCGCAUCAGGUUUGAGAAACGCAACCCAGUCGGGGCUUGUUACAAGUUGCACCUGCUGUCAAGAGAGGCAGGAUUACCCUGUCUCUCGUGGGGUGAUUCGUGUCCAGGUUGGGAGGCCUUCCUCCCUAAUGAUGCCUACUGGAGGGCGCACAUCUUUUCCGAGAUGGCCGAAGGGAUUGACACCUUGCAAGCCCUGUACUCGCGUUCGGGGAGGUCAUUUUCCGACGGCUCUUCUUCGAACGCAGCGGGUGGGUCUCGUCGUAAUGCUCGACGAGACCUAGGACAUCAACAAUCAGCUUGGUGCGAGGCUCCCAGCUGUCCCACGGCGGUGGAUAGCCACACCAGCGGACGAGGUAGCUCGUCCGGACGCCAUUCACGUCGCUGUGGUUCAAAAUACCUCCCACCAGAAAGCGUUGACCACCGCUUGAUUCCACCAAAGGAUGUGGUGGUGGUGUGA